AUGGGAACCACCGGCCUAUGUAAGCGAGGUUUAUCCUCUCCGCCUCCUUCAGCUUCUCUCUCUCUCUCUCUCCCUCUCUCUCUCUCUAAAUUGGACGCGCUGGCUUCGCUAACUUCAUUCCUCUCAAUUCCGCCAUGGAAACCCAACAAGAUCCACAGAAAAUCCAAGAAGACCCCAUUUCACCCGGUCCCCAGAUUUCUCCCUCUCAAUUCUCUCCGUCACUCCCCUUUCCCUCUCGGGUCGGAUCCCCACCCACCCGAACCCGAUAACAAGUUCCCCAUCACCUUCUCCCAUCUCACCCCUCUCCAAUCCCCAGUCGCUCUCGACCCAGUUGCCCAUCUCAAGCAAUCUCUCCAAAUCCAGUGGACCCAACCCUUGAAUUUCACAUUUUUAGAGGACCCGGUUCGCAUCUUACCCAAUCCCUCACCCGAGCCUGAAGAAUCGAGAAGAAAGAAGCAAAAUUCGUUGAGGAGGAGGCAGAUUAAGGCCGAGGCCGAGGCGUGGGCGAGGGCAGCGGAGGAGUAUAAGGAGUUGGUGAGGGUUAUGUUGGAGAAGAAGCUGGCGCCGAGCUUGCCGUAUGUGAAAUCUUUGUUCUUGGGGUGGUUUGAGCCGUUGAGGGAUGCUAUAGAGAAGGAGCAGAGAGUGCAGAGGGAAAGAACCCAUAAAGCUGCUUAUGCUUAUCAUAUUGGGCUUUUGCCGGCUGAUAAGAUUUCAGUUAUUGUGAUGCAUAAGAUGAUGGGGUUGAUGAUGAUGGGGCAGGAGGAGGGAUGUGUUAGGGUUGUUCGGGCUGCGAUUCAUAUUGGAGAGGCAAUAGAACAGGAGGUUAAGAUACAUAGUUUUCUUGAGAAGACCAAGAAAUCUCGAAGAAAUAAGCAAGUGGAUGAAAAUGCAGUUUUAACCAGAGAGCAGGAAAUCGAGCAGGAAAUCAAACGAAAACGUGUGGUCAAGGCAGUGAAAAUGAAAAGGCUGAUUAAGGUCGAGAAGCUAUUAAAAAAUGAGAAUGGCACAGAACCUUGGGGUCGAGAUGCACAAGCCAAGUUAGGGAGUCGUCUUAUAGAACUAUUGAUUGACUCAGCAUUUGUGCAACCACCAGUUGAUCAGUCAGCAUGCAGUCCACCGGAAAUUCGACCUGCUUUUAAGCAUACAUUUAAAACCGUGGCGAAGGAUAGCAGGAAAUUAAAAAAUAGAUUUGGAGUGAUAGAGUGCGAUCGGUUGGUUCAUCAAGGUCUCAAUAGCACUGCUAGGCAUAUGGUGAUUCCUUAUCUACCAAUGUUGAUACCACCAAAAAAGUGGAAGGGGUAUAACGAGGGUGGACAUCUGUUCCUGCCUUCAUAUGUCAUGCGCACACAUGGAUCAAAGGAACAACAAAAUGCAAUUCGGAGGGUUCCCAAGAAGCAGUUGAAGAGAGUAUUUGAGGCACUGGAUACCCUUGGAAGUACCAAAUGGAGGGUGAAUAGAAGAGUUCUUGUUGUUUUAGAAAGCAUGUGGAGUAGAGGAGGAAAUGUUGCAGGUCUGAUAGAUCGUGAAGAUAUUCCUUUACCAGAGAGACCGUCGUCAGAGGAUUUAACUAAGAUUAAAGAAUGGCGUUGGAACAGUAGAAAAGCAAAAAAGGCUAACAGUGAAAUGCAUGCUCAACGAUGUGAUAUCGAGCUUAAACUCUCUGUUGCAAGAAAAAUAAAAGAUGAGGAAGGGUUUUAUUAUCCUCAUAACUUAGACUUUCGUGGCCGUGCCUAUCCUAUGCACUCACACUUAAACCAUUUAAGUUCAGAUGUAUGCAGAGGAAUUCUUGAGUUUGCUGAGGGAAGGCCAUUGGGAAAGUCUGGAUUGCGCUGGUUGAAGAUACACUUGGCAAACAUCUAUGGUUGUGGUGUUGAAAAACUUUCUUAUGAUGGAAGGUUGGCUUUCGUGGAGAAUCAUUUACGAGAUAUUUUUGAUUCAGCUGAUAAUCCUCUUGAUGGUGAACGCUGGUGGAUAGAUGCUGAAGAUCCUUUCCAGUGCUUAGCUGCAUGUAUUAACCUUUCUGAUGCCCUAAGAAGCCCAUGGCCGCAUAGUGUCAUCUCACACCUGCCCAUCCAUCAGGAUGGUUCAUGCAACGGUUUGCAGCAUUAUGCAGCGUUGGGAAGGGAUAACCUAGAGGCAGCUGCAGUCAACUUAGUUGCUGGGGAGAAGCCGGCGGAUGUCUAUUCCGGGAUAGCUGCAAGUGGAAGAAAGCAAAAGAAGAUGUUGAGGAAUCUGAGAGCAAGGAGAACUGAACUCCCAAGGGUUCUGGAUAUUAUGAUGAAAGACUCACAGAAAGACCCUGCUACUAAUCCAACAGCUUUAUUAGCCAAGGUCUUAAUCGAUCAGGUGGAUCGGAAGUUAGUUAAGCAGACUGUGAUGACGUCAGUUUACGGUGUCACAUAUGUUGGUGCACGUGAGCAAAUAAAAAGAAGAUUAACUGAGAAAGGAAAAAUCACAGACGAUAGGUUGUUGUUCCAUGCAUCUUGCUAUGCUACGAAGGUUACCUUGAAUGCUCUAGGGGAGAUGUUCCAAGCUGCACGUGGUAUUAUGAAAUGGCUUGGUGAUUGUGCGAAGGUGAUUGCUUCGGAAAAUGAACCAGUAAGAUGGACGACUCCCCUUGGGCUACCAGUUGUUCAGCCUUAUAGGAAAUCUGAAAGACAUCUUAUAAGAACUUCUCUUCAGGUUUUGGCAUUACAACGUGAUGGUGACGCUGUUGCAGUUAAACAACAAAAGACAGCUUUUCCUCCAAAUUUUGUGCACUCUCUUGACGUAUCAGUUAUUAUAUGCAUUAUAUAUCAUGCAAACUACCGAGUCCACGACUCAUUCUGGACGCAUGCCUGCGAUGUAGACAGUAUGAACCGGAUACUGAGGGAACAAUUUGUGGAACUUUACAACAUCCCCAUAUUAGAGAACAGAACUACCAUGAACUUUGGGGUUUUUGCACAAAACUAUUGCAACUUCUUCUACUAG